CGAACCCUCCAUUUCCAGACCUCACGACGACAACGACGACGCUGACGACGACGCUGACGGUCAUCAGCAGCUGCCGUAGACAAGCCAGCAAUGGAGUUCCUUCCUGGAAAGGGCAAGGCCGUCCACGGCGACUGCACCGCCCUCGUCCUGCCUGCGCUGUCGAUUGGGAACGUCGGGCAGCUCGCGGUGGACUUGCUGGUUUCGACGCUGCGGGCGGAGAGGAUCGGGUUCCUGGAUGAUCCGAACGUCCUUCCUUGCGUCGGCAAUGACGCGUACGGGCCGGUUCCGUCCGGGGAGCUCGCGCUCCCGCUCGAAGCUUAUGAUUCACCUUCCAAUGCUGCUACUCUUGUCCAACAGAGGUCUCCAGUUGUUAAGGGAAUGAUGAUUGAGUUUGCAAAGAAUUUGGCUGAUUUUGCUGUUUCAAGUGGAAAGAAGCACAUUGUGGUUCUAUCUAGCUUAGAUUUUGGGAGAUGGCAAAGAAUUGAUACAUCGAGUGGCUUGCAGACAUAUUACCUUUCCAGCAGUAGCUCGGAUGGAUCAGAUGAUCAAUGUGAACAGUUUGGUUGGAAAAGAUUGCCAGAGUUUAACCCUGACCAGAGGUGUUGGAAAUAUCUUAGCACUUUAGCUGAAGGAGGUAAUGCAGCACAAGAAGGUUUGCCUGCUGAAGAUGAUCUUGAAGAAGAUGACUACUACCCAAGUUUGCCUUUUGCUGCUCUUUUUUCAUUCUUCAAGGCCAAAGGUUUAAAGGUCACUUGCUUGCUGUGUUACUGCUCUGAAGGAGACAACAUGUCCGAUGCUUUUCAUCUUGCUGAAGCAGCACUCAAACUUUUGGGGGUGAGGACAAAUUCAAGUGGUCACGGAGGCGACUGGAUCAUCCCAUAUUCUUGGAAGACUCUGUAUGGACCUCCCCCCGAUAUAUCCAUCUUUUAGGUCUGUAAUGACUGGUGUAAGAUCGAUGCUUAUGCAUUCAGUUUCUGUAAUGCUGUUGAGGAUUCUUAUGGCAAGUUUCAUUUGGUCCGGCAUUU